CAACGACACUUAUAUGCCAAUUUAAUACCAGCAACCUUUUAAUAAUUAUUAUAAUGAACUAUGAUGAACCAGUGGUACAAUAUGAUUUAAAAAAGUUAUAUUGUCGCAGAUAUGAUUAACCAUGUGCCCGUAAUUCUUUUCCCGACUGUCUUUAAAUGCAACACCUCUACACACAUAGGCCCCCUUCUCUUCGGCUUGUUGCCGUUUAAAGGAGGUUAUUUCCCGGACACAGUCAAUACUUUGAGAGCCAUCGAGUCUAUUUUUACUCUCCAUCCGUGAGUGCCACACGCCUCCCCGGCCACGUCCCCCUCCUCCUGGCUACUUUUGGAGCGCCUCUUGACCGUCAACUUCUAGCUAGCUUGGCCAGGAGCUAGCUAGCUCACUCACGCCCACUUCUGCCCGCACUCGCUGGACGUCGACCCUCUAUUGAUGGAUGUGUCUUGGAGUCCCAUGGGAGACCCCUUUUCUUUGAGGCCCUUUUUAAAUGCUUUUUGAACUGAAUCCUUGAGAGGGACGCCAUGGAGGAGCUGGUCCUGGAGCCCAGGUCGGAGCGGAUCGCCCGCUACAAGGCGGAGAGGAGGCGGGAACUGGCCGAGCGCUUCGGCAACAUGGAGGACUUGACCCCCCAGCGGGUGAACAGAGAGGUGACGGACCCCCGCUCACAUGGCCAGGAAGUGAACGGAAAGAUGCACGGCGUCCAGAAUGGGUCGGACCCUCUUUCAGAACCCACCGGCUCCAAAGGGAAGGGUUCUCAGGACUGUGCCAACAUGCCAGGAGGGGAGGGGCACCAAGUCCAGCAGCUCCACACUCGGGUGUCAGUCGGCCAGCUGAAGAGUGCUCUUCUACAGCAGGCUGAAAGUGGUGAAGAGACGUCGGACAAAGCCUGUGCGGAUGACGGCCGAGCCACUUCCUCUCUGGACCUGGCGGUGAAGCCGGCCUCAGACGGGGCUCACCGCCGCCGCACCAGACGUUACCUCCCCUGCGGGUCGAGCGGCGCCCGCAAGAACAACGAGCGUUUCAGGACUCAGCCGAUCACGGCCAAUGAGAUGGAGCAUACUAGCGGGCCGGUGGAUGCCGAGGAAGAGAAGAGUGAAGCAGACGUGAAAACAGACGAAAGAGCCCAGAUGAGCGUGGCGGCCAAGAUGUCUUUAUUUAAAGAAAUGGAAAAGACGUCCGCCCCAGAGGCCUCGGCCUUCCUCAAGCCUCGCUCGGGAAGCAUCUGCCACGAGCGUAGGGCACGCCGCGGCAAUGACCAUCGCUUCCUCACUCAACCAAUCACCUGCGAGGAAAUGGUGGCCAUCAGUUUGCCCCAAGCAGCACCAGAGGUGGCCGACCCUCCACAGGCCGAGCCAUCAGAGGGCGACGAUGAGGGCUGCAAGCUGAGCGUGAGCGAGAAGCUGGCACUCUUCAACAAACUCUCCCUGCCGGAGACGCCAAGACCCGCGCACGGCGACGGGCCCCCGGAGAGGGGCAGGCAGAAGGGGGCCCGCUACCGCACCCAACCCAUCACGGUGGAGGAAGUCACCCUGCUCCAGAAAGUCCCGGUGCAGCUUCCUGCCUUGUGUUUGUCCUCUCAGCUGUCUGACAAACAGCAGUCCUCGUCCGUCAACCUAAAGCCCAGCGAGUUACGCCUCACCCAGUCCAAACCCGACAUCAGUCCCGCACAGGUUCCGGCCGCCGAGCAGGGGAUGCAGCGCUGCGACUCCGAACCCGGUCUGAGAGGGAUCCUCAAGCGGAGCCGCUCAGAGCGCUGCAGGACAACAUGCGCCAACAUGGACGCCCCUCAGAAACACAACGGCGCUGUCCCGCACGAAGACGGAGCAGGUGAGGCGAGGACAGACGGGCCGACGUCGCGGAGGGCGAGACGUGAGGCUUCAGGGGAGGAUGCAGGCCCCCUAAUGGCUGCCCCUUGGAGGCAGAGGCCUCGAAGCAGGCGGGAGACAAUCGCCUUCACGCCAGCGCGACCACUGUCAGUACAUCUUCAUCAGCGGGAGGAGACACCACAUCAGAGGACGCCAGAUACCACUACUUUCCUGGAACACACUGAAAGUAUUGGUAGAAACGUUAUUAUUGUCUGGAAAUGUAAAAAUUCCAAUACAUGCCAUGUGAUCUGUUUUGCAAGGCACAACAAUGACGACGUCGCCGCCGCCGCCGCCCCAGUGAAUGGCAGCAGUGAAGUGCACCAGAUGAUCAUCGGUGGCAAGGGAGAAAACUCUCACCCAGAGGGAGUGAAGCCUCAGUGUUGGGAGCCCGUCUUUGCCUCUGUCUUUUCUAGCAGCACACCUCAGUACGUCAUGUGUUUCAACCAGACCAACCAGUCCUUUGAAGCACAAGAGGUGGCCUCUCCAACGAAAAGUCCACCGCUGUGGAGAGAAAAGGUUGAAGAGGACAAUGACAACAACGGUCAGUUGAUUGAGGCAGAAGAAACGAGAGCCAUUGCAGCUCCAGAAUUAAACAGAAACCACCCCAGUUGUAACGAGACUCAAUCUACAGAAGCUUCACCUUGCACACUUGCAGCAGAUAACCAGGAAGAGAUGCCUCCCGAGAACGGCUUCUGCACCCGCCAAACCUCCUUAGAAGGGCGGGACCUGGACCUGCUCUGCCAGACCAACACUCCAAUGCUGACCUCAGCCGUCGCAGAGCAUCGUCGGGCCGUACGUCCGUCCCGUCGCACGCAGGGAUCCCGCAACCCUCUUCGGGCUCUGGCAGCCCGCGAGGACGUCAGGCAGGACUUCAUGGAAAUCAACACAUCGUCGGAGGAGGCGACAGUGUCAGAGAAGAAGUUAAAGAACUCCUCCUCAUCCUCGCCAGAUCCUCAGGAGUCUCAUCCACCCUUUACUAGUCCCAUGUUGCUUUUCGUAAAAGGAAGGCAGCACGUCCAGGUCCGCCUGGCCGAGCCCUCGGCGAGCUCCUUAAACAGCGGAGACUGUUUCCUGCUGGUGACCGCCGAGAACUGCAUCCUGUGGAGUGGAAAAUCGGCCAACGAGAAGGAGAAAGCGAAGGCUACAGAGUUGGCGUCUUUCAUUCAGAGCCACGAGGACCUUGGCUGUCAGGCCGCCCGGGUGGUCCACCUGGAGGAGGGGUGUGACUGUGAAGGCAGCCUGGCCACUGACUUCUGGAGUGUUCUGGGCGGAAGGACAUCUUACAGAGCGGAGUCUUCACUAGAGGAGGAUGAGCUGUAUGAGCGCGGCAUUGUGGAGUCCAACUGUGUUUAUAGGCUCAUGGAGAACCGUCUGGUACCUCACGAACAGGCCUGGUCCUCCAUGCCCAGCGUAAGCCUGCUGAAGUCCAGUGAGGCACUGGUGUUUGACUUUGGCAGCGAGGUGUACCUGUGGCUGGGAAAAGAGGUCCCCGCCAGCACCCAGAAGGUGGCGCUCCAGCUGAGUCGACAGGUGUGGGUCGGCGCCUACGACUACAGCAACUGUCGAGUCAACCCGCUGGAUCCCACGCGGUGCAGCGUCUGCACGCAACUGAGGGGUGAAGGGCGUCCCGGCUGGGCUCUGUUUGGCGUCCUCUUGGAGCACAAAGAGACGUGUCUGUUCAAAGAGAAGUUUGUGGACUGGACAGGAAGAGUCGAGGAAGAAGCUGUCCCAUUGACCGAUGACACUCAGACACAGUCCCUCUUAGUGGCCCCACCAUGUGACCCCCUACGGCCCUGCAACGCCACGGCUCUGGUGUCUGCCGAGGCGACGGACGAAGGAGUGACCCGCACCGUACUGGCUGGUGUCGACGUUCAGAGGGGCUAUGGCCCGGUCACGCUGGAAAGAGGGGAGCACGCAGAGCUGAGGACGACGGGCGUUGCCACCUGGCACGUUAACGAGUUUGACGACUGCGAGAACCCCCUGGAGAGCACGGGACAACUCCACGAGGGCGACUCCUACGUCAUCCGCUGGACGUACAGCCUCAGCACCGCUGACGAGGACGAGGAAAAGGAAAACACGGCCUUCUUCUUGUGGCGAGGGCGCCAUUCCUCUGUGAGUGGACGGGAUACUGCUGCAUUUCUCUCUAUCGGGAUGAACAACAAUGAAGAGUCACAGGUUGUGGUCUGUCAAGGAAAAGAGCCCCCAUGUUUCCUGCAGCUCUUCCAGGGAGGUCUGGUCAUCCACAAAGGCCAAAGAGAGAUCGCCUCUGCUCCAACAGCAGAACAUGUGGAGUCGUGGCGCAUGUUCAGCGUUCAAGGGGCGCUACCAGACGAGGGCUCGUUGCUCGAGGUGGAGUGCUGCUGUGCGGCCCUGCGCUCCAGGGGCUCUCUGGUCUUGGUCAACAGCCAGCAACGGGCGCUCUACCUCUGGACUGGCUGUAAAGCUCUCGCUAGCUGUAGGGAGGUCGCCAAGAGAGCCGUGGAACGCCUGGCUCAAGCGUGUCCACCAGAACUGGGUUUCAGUAGUCAAAGCAGCCCAGUGAAGAUACAGGAAAUAGAGGAAGGCUCGGAGCCUGCGGAGUUCUGGGCGGCGCUGGUACACAUGGACAGGAAGGCCUAUGACUGCAUGCUGCAAGAUCCAGGUAAAUAUAACUUCACUCCGCGCCUCUUCCACCUGAGCGCCUCCUCUGGAGGAUUCCUGGCCGAAGAGCUGCACAGUCCGUCGCGUCUGCCCGGUCUCGUCAUGGCCAUGCCCUUCGUCCAGGAGACCCUAUAUGCGGCGCCCCCGCCUGCUCUGUUUCUGCUCGACAACGGCAUGGAGGUCUAUCUGUGGCAAAGAACGCACCCCGUGCAGGAGCAGGGGCGGGCAGACAGCUGGCACAGCGAGAAGAAGUGCGCCAUGGAGACUGCGCUGCAGUACUGCAAAGAAGUCAACCCCAGACGCCCUCCACUGGCGUACCUCAUUCUGGAGGGCGAGGAACCUUUGACCUUCACUAAUGUGUUCCCUCGCUGGGAGAGGACCGUCGCACAGGGCAGCGCCAGACGCUCCAAGCUCACCCUGGUGCAGGACGCCCUGGCCCAGCUGGCGAGCACACAGUUUCCUCUGCAGCGGCUGCUGCAAAGACCCCUACCGGAUGGAGUAGACCCCCGACAGCUGGAGGUCUACCUGUCGGACCAGGACUUCAAGACUAUUUUGAAGAUGAAGCGAGAGGACUUUGCCUGCCUACCCAGCUGGCAGCAAGCUGACCUGAAGAGAAACAAAGGACUGCUUUGCCAAACAGACAAGUAAUGCGUACAUGACAAAAAAAAAAUUCAAGUAUAGUUCAACUUUAUUUAUGUAAUUCAUGGACUUUUUAAAGGCACACAGACAGUAGAAGACAUAUUUCCUAUCAGUGACUCUCUACAAAUAACAGGUAGACCAUGGAAAUAAGUCAGUGAAGUACUUUGUGGUGCAUGGGUGCUUGGAAAAAAUGGAAUAAACAAUAAACAUAAGAAAAAAAAAGGUGACCAGAUGACUCUUUACGUCUUUAGAGACGCAUUCAGACUAUGCUUGAUUGAGGCGAGGCUGGCGGCCGUGUUGGAUGGCAUGUGUUCCUCGUCAGGACAACAUGCUUGGUAGGGCAUUGAAUUUAUUGCAUGUGGACUGUUAGGGUUGUCCUAGACCAGGGGUCUGCAACCUGGGGCUCUUUUAUCCCUCUGUUGUGGCUCCUGCUAGUUUAUUCUGUAGUCACUACGCUGUCCCUUGAGGCACCGUUAUGGCUCUUUCAAAGUUCUGCAGCAGCCAUCCAAUUCUAGCGGCAGUGUUUUCUGGUGAGAAACCAUGACACUUGUCAUGAUUUAGCUUGUU